CGAUGGUGUCGGUCUGUGGCCUGUGGGUCAGACUGAUACGCAAGCCGGCGGCGGCCAGCGGAGGUGGAGGUGGCGACCGGUUCCGGCGAGCCGCAGGCGGCGAAGAGGGGGAAGCAGCGACCUAUUCGAGCAAGCCGGGAGCAGGGCAGAGUCGAAAGCGGCGAUGUCGAAGCGGCUGGUUUCGCGGCUACUGGGGAUGUUCCAGUCGCGGACGCAGGUGGGCGUCGACAAGACCGGCAACCGCUACUUCACCCGCGUCGAGGAGGUCGACGGCGCCAUGAAGGAGAGACGGUGGGUGGAGUUCAAGGGCGCCGACCAGGACUCGACCACCGUUCCAGUCGAGUGGAUUUGCUGGUUGAAUGGCCAAAGGAAGAAAGCUCCAACGCCAGAAGAAUUGGCUGAGCUGGAGGCGAGACGGGAACGUGUCAAGCAAAACAUUGAACUUCUCAAAAAGAAAGAAGAGGAGGAAAGAAAGGCCGGCCUCCGACCAGUCAAGAAAAUUGGGAAAUCUGAAUCUCCAAAUCUCCAGAGUUUUGUGAAGCAGCAGUUCCCUGGUACUCUAGAUCAACAGAAAGGGCCUGAGGAGGUAUCUAGGCCUAAGGAUGCAACUGAUACAGAAGAUUCUACAACAGAUAAUGAGAGGACUUCCGAACCAACAGGGACUGGUGCCACUUUUAAACCAGGGACUUGGCAGCCACCAACAUGAACGGCAACCUGAAUUUCAGCAGAUGGCGAUGCUUUACCUGAGCAUUUUUCCUUUCAGUUUGCUCUGGAAGAAUCAGUUACAUGAAUUUCUUCGUUCGUUGGUCAGCAUUUGUGGGAGUAUUUGGUUAUCAGGAAGCCAUGUUGCCCCUGUAUUUUUGCCAAAUUCUCCUGUGUAAUUUUGAUGGACCGUUGUAACAACUAUAAUAAGCUUUAAGCAAAGGUUUAAAUCAUACCUCUACUAGGCUUUAUAUGUA